AUGGCUCCAUACAUGAAUCACCUUAAGUUCUUGCAAACCAUCUCCUUUGUAUAUGUGUUGGUGACAGUGAAGAUUGUCGCUGGAUCAUCUGUAAGCCAUGAUGAAGAAUGCUCAGCCUUGUUUCAGUUUAAGCAAACCAUAAUUCAUCAAUAUGAUGCUGCUUAUGGCUCUCAAGUGUUCCAUUCUUGGAACACUAGUUUUGAGUGUUGUUCAUGGGAGGGGGUGGCAUGUAGCAAUGACCAUGAUCAGUACUAUGGUCAUGUGAUCGGUCUUGACUUGAGCGAGAGGUCUCUUUGUGGGCAUAUCAACUCCAACAUCACCCUCUUCAGCCUUGUUCAUCUUCAGAGACUCAACCUUUCUGGGAACGACUUUGGUGAAUCUGAAAUUCCAUAUGAGAUUGCUCGUCUAAAGCAAUUAAGAAGCCUUGAUCUCUCUUAUUCUAGGUUUAGUGGUCAAAUCCCGAAUGGAAUCUCGCAGUUGAUGCAAUUGUCUUCUUUAGAUCCGUCAGGAAAUUCACUAAAGCUUCACAAUCCUAGCCUUAAGAACAUGGUGCAAAACUUAACAUGGAUUGAAGAACUCCAUCUCUACGGGGUUGACAUUAGUUCUUCUGUACCUCAUUUCUUGGCCAACUUUUCUUUUUUGAAGUCACUCCAACUAAGUCAAUGUUUGCUUGUGAAUGAAUUCCCCGUAGCCAUACUUGAGCUACCUAAAUUAAAAUUUCUUGAUUUGGCAUUCAAUCCCAACCUCACUGGUUCCUUUCCCGAAUUUCAAAUGAACAACUUACUUGAAGAAGUGAUACUAUUUUCCACAGGCUCAGUUCCUUCACUGGAUAGUCUUUUAAAACUCGAUGUUUUGGAACUUAAUGGUAACAGAUUUGAGAAAGGACGCUUUCCAAAUUGGCUUAGAAAGCUUACUAAACUUAGUGAACUCUUUUUGUGUAAGAUGAACAUAAACGAUGAAAUCCCACCCUUUCUUGCCAACCUAACCAAACUUAGUAUGAUAGAAAUGUGGAAAAAUUCUCUUAUUGGUCGUAUACCAUCAUGGUUGUUCAACUCCACCCAACUAACAGAUUUAGAUCUUAUGGCUAAUCAACUGCAAGGACCAAUUCCAAACACAUUUUCUAAUUUCAAAAGUCUUCAGUCUCUUAACCUAGCUGUAAACAAUUUCAGUGGUAGGGUAGAACUCGACAUGUUCCUAGGACUCAACAAACUUCAAUCAUUGUCCUUAGGUUAUAACAAGAUAUCAUUAGUACCCACCAACAACUACACCAAUACCACUUUACCAGAAUUGGAAUCGUUAGGACUGUCAUCAUGCAACUUGAAGGAAUUUCCUGCCUUUUUGCGCUUCCAAAAUAAAAUGGAUACCUUACUUCUUGACCAAAACAACAUUCAUGGCCUGGUACCGGUGUGGAUCUGGAACAACAGCCGAGAAACAUUAGAGUUGAUUAAUCUUUCAAACAACUUCAUAACUGGCUUUGAUCAGCACCCUUAUUUUCUCCCAUGGACAAAUUUAGAAGCAAUUUUUAUAAUUGAUAAUCAGGUACGAGGACAACUACCAAUUCCACCACAAACCACAGUUGUUUAUCAAGUCUCAUAUAAUAACCUAACAGGAGAAAUACCACCAUGGAUAUGUGAAUUGAAAUCUCUUCGAAGUUUAGAUUUGUCUUUUAACAACAUGAGUGGAACACUUCCUUCAUGUUUGGGUAUCUUAUGCAAUUCGCUGAUGGCUUUGAAGCUGAGAAGAAAUAACUUCCACGGCAAUAUGAUGAAUGCUUUUUUGACCGGAGGCCCGUUGACACAACUUGAUUUAAGCGAAAAUAGAUUUACGGCCAUACUUGAGCUGCCAAAGUUGCAAGUUCUUAAUUUGGAAGACAAUACCAACCUCACUGGUUCCUUUCCAGAAUUUCAUGGCAAAAGCUUACUAAAAGCGGUGAUAUUAGAUGGCACAGGUUUCUUUGGGAUUAUACCAGAAUCCAUAAGCCACCUCAAGCAUUUAACAGUCUUGUCCCUUAAUGAUUGCUAUUUUGUGGGGAGGAUUCCACGUUCACUCUCUAACUUGACGCAACUCACUUACUUGGCUCUUGGUGUCAACAAGUUCACAGGCUCAGUUCCUUCGUUGGUAAGUCUUUCGAAACUCGAGGUUUUGCAACUUAGUGGUAAUAAAUUUGAGAAAGGAUGCUUUCCCAAUUGGCUUGGAAAGUUGACUGAACUUAGUGAACUCUAUUUUUCCUAUAUGAACAUAAACAGCCAACUCCCACUCUUUCUUGUCAACCUAACCAAACUCAGCGAGCUACAUUUAGGGAAAAAUUCUCUUACUGGUCGUAUACCAUCCUGGUUGUUCAACUUCACCCAACUAACAAAAUUGGAUCUUCACAUGAAUCAAUUGCACGGACCAACUCCAAACACAUUUUCCAUCUUCAAAAGUCUUGAGUUUCUUGACCUAGGUUCAAACAAUUUCAAUGGUAGGGUAGAACUGGACAUGUUUCUAGGACUCAACAAGCUCCAAACACUCUCGUUAGGUUAUAACAAGAUAUCAUUAGUAGUCCCCAACAACUACACCAAUACCAGUUUACCAGAAUUGGAUUGGUUAGGACUGUCAUUAUGCAACUUGAAGGAAUUUCCUGCCUUUUUGCGCUUCCAAAAUAAACUGCAUACCUUACUUCUUGACUACAACAAAAUUGAUGGCCCAGUACCGGUGUGGAUUUGGAACAACAGCCGGGAAACACUAAAGUUGAUUGACCUUUCAGGCAACUCCAUCACUGGCUUUGAUCAGCAUCCUCAUUUUCUCCCAUGGACAAAUUUACAAGCAUUUUUUAUGGACAAUAAUCAGCUACGAGGACAACUACCACUUCCAUCACAAACCACAAGUAUUUAUGCUAUCACACAGAAUAAUCUGACAGGUGAAAUACCAGCAUCGAUAUGUGAAUUGAAAUCUCUUCAACUGUUAGAUUUAUCUUUUAACAACAUGAGCGGAACACUUCCUUCAUGUUUGGGUAUCUUAAGCAAUUCCUUGAUGUAUUUGAAUCUGAAACACAAUAACUUCCACGGAAAAAUUAUGAACACUUUUACGCUUGGAAGUAUGUUGACAGAACUUGAUUUGAGCGAAAAUAGAUUUACGAGUCAACUGCCAAGAUCAUUGACAAAUUGUACAAAUUUAGAGAUUCUAUCUCUUGAAGACAACUCUUUUCAUGACGCCUUUCCUUCUUGGUUGGGAAGUCUUGCGGAGCUACAAGUUCUAGUUUUGCGGUCCAACAAUUUUUAUGGUCCAAUUCAAGGUUCCUCACAGUUCCCUAAGUUGCGGAUCAUAGACUUCUCUAACAACAAUUUCAGUGGUCAGUUGCACCAAAACUUCUUUCUAACAUGGCAUGUCAUGAGCUAUGAAAAUCUUGGUGUAUCAUCUGUUAUGAAAUCAGGAAUAUCCUCCAAAAGUGUCUUUACAAAUGUAACAUACUCAGUGACAUUAAUACACAAAGGUGUCAGAACAGAGUACGACCAGAUUUUAACCAUAGAUAUGGCUAUUGAUCUCUCUUGUAACAAUUUUGAAGGAGAGAUCCCGCAAUCACUCCAAGAUCUUCGAGGGCUUCAAGCACUCAAUCUUUCCAACAAUCGUUUUACUGGACGUGUCAUGCCAUCUUUGGGUAACCUAAAGAAUCUUGAAGCUUUGGAUCUCUCUCGAAACGAACUAUCCGGGGAAAUUCCUCAACAGUUGGUGCAACUUGGCUUCCUUGCCAUUUUCAAUUUGUCAUUCAACCAUCUUCAAGGGCGUAUCCCACAAGGAAAACAGUUUGAUACAUUCGAUAAGAGUUCUUACAUAGGGAAUCCCCGACUAUAUGGACGACCUUUAUCUAAGGAAGGUCAAGAUUUAAAGGUGCCGAGCGUUCCACCAACAAGCAAUGUGUCUGAGUCUCUCUUCCCGAGUGAAAUAACUGAUUGGAUCUUUGUAUUAUGUGGAGUUGGAAGUGGGCUGGUUGUUGGGGUUGUUAUUGGAAACUUUUUAUAUGAAAGGUAUAGUGAUCGGUUCACAAAGAGGAAGGACAGAUGGGUAAGGCCACUUCGUAACACGAGGAGAAACUAA